UCUGUGGGCCAGAAGCUCGGAAAAAGCCGCAGCCCCGGGCCGUGCUGGAGACUUGCACCUGAGACGCCUGAGAAGAUGGCCAAAUUACCUGUUAUUUUAGGCAACCUAGACAUUACAAUCGAUAAUGUUUCUUCAGACUUUCCUAAUUAUGUUAAUUCAUCAUACAUUCCCAUGAAACAGUUUGAACACAGUACCAAAACCCUAGUCACGUUUGAAAUAGAGGAAUUUGUUCCCUGCAUACCAAAACACACUCAGCCUUUCACCAUCUACAAUAAUCACCUUUAUGUUUAUCCCAAGUCUUUGAAAUAUGACAGUCAAAAGUCUUUUGCAAAGGCCAGGAAUAUUGCAAUUUGCAUUGAGUUCAAAGAUUCAGAUGAAGAGGAUUCUCAGCCCCUUAAGGUGAAGGCUGUCAUCAAAGCCCUUCAGCCAGUCAUCUGGCAUGAUAUGGCCCAUCAGCCGGCUCGUGUCCACUUA